AUGCCAAUCCCGCUCAUAGUUUCGGCUCCGGCUACCCUCGCAGCCUUGGCCUAUAUCAACGCCAAGACUUCCCUUUGGUACGACUACCUGCUUUUCAAAUCCACCGCCAAAACGGCCGUUCGGGUGCUCCUUCGGCAAAGAAAUGGCCGCCUGUCUCUCUUUUACAACCUGGAAGAGCGAGCAAAACACCCUUCCACAACCAACAAGGACCUUCUCAUAUUCCGAGGACGCCGUCUCACCUACGCCCAGGUUUACGACAAGGCGUUGCGCUAUGGCACGUGGAUGCGUAACCGUCUCGGUAUCAGACCAAAGGAUGUAGUAGCCAUGGACUUUGAGAAUUCUGAUCAAUUCAUCCUCGUCUGGCUCGGACUCUGGAGCAUUGGCGCGAAGCCCGCCUUCAUCAACUACAACCUGGCAGGCGAACCCUUAUCGCAUUGCAUCCGUGCGGUCAAAGCCAAGAUUUGUCUCGUUGAUCCUAACGUUUCCGCCAAUGUCGCAGACGAUGUGCGAGCUGAACUAAGCACUGUCAACUUUGUCAUUUUCACCCCAGAAGUUCAAGCGCAGGCAGAAGCCACCACCCCCGUAAGGGUAUCUGAUCCAGAUUUGGCGGAACAUGAUUUCGCGAAUUUGGCCCUUUUGAUCUAUACGUCGGGAACGACUGGACUGCCGAAACCAGUUGUUGUCCCAUGGGCCAAGGUUAUUGCGGGCGGCACCGUGGCAGAGACUCUAUUGGCUCGUGGUGGUAAUGAUAUCAUCUACACUUCAAUGCCUCUCUACCACUCAGCAGCUUCCCUGCUAUCAUUCUGCGCAACAAUCCUAGCCGGAAGCACACAAGCUAUCGGUCACAAGUUUUCCACCAAGUUGUUCUGGAAUGAGGUGCGGGAGUCCAACGCCACAAUCAUUCAAUAUGUCGGCGAGACGCUGCGCUAUCUCCUCGCCGCCCCUCCGCAGCAUGACCCUGUGACUGGUGAAUGCCUGGACAAGAAGCACAGGGUCACAGCAGCGUUCGGCAACGGUCUCCGUCCUGACAUUUGGAACGAUUUCAAGGAUCGAUUCGGCAUUGACUCAAUUCUCGAAUUCUACGCCGCCACCGAAGGACCCUUUGGCAUGUGGAACCUUAGCCGUAACGACUACGCUGCCGGUGCUAUCGGCCGAAGCGGUCUUAUUUACGGCGGCUUGCAGUCCCUGAGUCUCAAUCUUGUCGAGCUGGAUUGGGAAACGGACCUUCCGAAACGAAACCUCAGGACUGGCUUUUGCAACAAGGUGCAACCCGACCAGCCCGGCGAGCUCAUCUACAAACUUGACCCUGACAACAUUAGCCAGCGGUUCCAAGGUUACUACGGAAACGAAGCCGCCACGUCUUCCAAGAUUAUGCGAGGAGUGUUCGAAAAAGGCGAUGCCUGGUUCCGCACAGGCGACAUAGCUCGGUGGGACUCGGAGGGUCGCGUAUACUUCAUCGACCGUAUCGGCGACACCUUCCGAUGGAAGGCUGAAAACGUGUCAACCGCCGAAGUCAGCGAGGCUGUCGGCCGACACCCCUCGGUUCAAGAAGCCAACGUCUACGGUGUCCAGCUCCCUCAUCACGACGGCCGCGCAGGCUGCGUCGCCAUCACUUUUGACAAGGACCCGGACAAGAACGUAUUGCGCAGUCUAGCUGACCACGUCAAAGCCGCGCUGCCAGGAUACGCGCGCCCCUUGUUCCUCCGCGUCCUAAAGGAAGUUGGCGGCGCAGCUCAAACUACCGGUACGAAUAAGCAGCAGAAGCAUGCCUUGCGUCUUGCUGGGGUCAAGCCAAAUAACGCAAUUAUCCCAGGGGACUUGUACUGGCUCAGGGGGGAAACGUACGUCCCAUUUCGGGAUACUGAAUGGAGCGACCUGGAGGUUGGUCGGGUAAAGUUGUAG